AUGGAUUCUCCUUAUCAAAUAAUUCCUUAUUGUAUACGUUCAUUGAGUUUUUCAUACAAUUCUCUGGUCAAUAACGAAACACAUAUUAUUCAUGGAACAUCAAUUACAUUUGAAACAUUGCAACAAAAACAUAUAACAAGUCAACAGUUAUAUUUAUCAUUUGCACCUAUAGAUGUUGUUGAAAGAUAUCAAGCUUUUCUCGAAAAUGCACAUUCGUCUUUGUCGAAACAAAUAUUUUAUAAUUGCUCUGCACCAUGGUUUGGUGAAUUUUGUCAAUAUACAUUUAAUCCGAAAUCAAACUUUGAAGAAUUUGUAUCAUCUUUUGGCCGUCGUUAUCCAGCCGGCUACCCAUUUCAGAAUGGAUCAUGUUAUACAUUCUUACAAUGUGAUCGAGGUCCAAAACCGUCUUGCCUCGACUGGAGAGAAAUAUGCGAUGGAAAGAUCGAUUGUUUGGAUGGAGGUAACGAUGAAUUUGGUUGUGAAGAAUUAAUUGCAAGUGAAUGUAAGGAGGAUGAAUUCCGCUGUAACAAUGGGUUUUGCAUUCCAAAAGAAUUUUUUAACGAUGCUGUGAGGCAUCCGGAUUGCAUGGACCGUUCAGAUGAACGAAGUCGUGCUGACAACAUCGAUAAUGAUCUGCGUGAUUGCAACUCAGCUCCAUCAUUCAGGUGUGAAGAGAGAACAUGUCGAAAUGAACGAUUUCUUUCGUGUGGUGAUGGUGAGUGCACUAUGAGAGAAUGCCAUAAUAACCGUAGUCUUCUACUAUUACAAGCAAAAUUAUCAUGGGAUGCGAAUUCUCAUUUAUCUUUUGAUUGUUGGACAAGUUUGAUUUGUUUGAGCGUUUCUUUUGUUAAUCAUUUCGGUCUCGUUGAUAAAAUGAAAUGUGCAGACAAAUAUGUUAGUGAAAGUCUUUUUCAACAACGUUGUCCGACAUUUUUCUUCUUUCCUGCUCAACCGAUGGUGCUGAGUCAUGUACGUUUUGCCUAUGCAAAGAACUUCUCAAAUGAAUAUCGACAUAAUCUUCUUUUACCUCAUUAUGUAUGUUACAGUCAACAAUUAUGUGAAUGGCUACCGGCUACUGUAUUGAUAAACAAUUCAACUUGUCGAACUUUUUCUGAAUUGAACUUAGAUAAAGCGUUGGACUCAAGAGAAUCUUUAGAAAAUAUUAUAUUGAAGUUUUUCCUCAAAUGUUCGACUACAACGAAUACAUAUGUUCAGUGUCCGAAAUCGAAACCAUUUCGAUGCGCAAAUUCGUCAAAAUGUCUCUCCUUAAGCCGAAUUCUCGAUGGUAUUCCAGAUUGUUUCCUAGGAGAUGAUGAAACCAUCACAAAUAGUUGUUCAUUACCCGAUGUCGACUAUCGUUUUCGAUGCUCUUCCGAACAGAAGUGCGUUCCUAUGAGUAGUGUUGGUAGUGGAAUACAAAUGUGUGCCGGUAAAGAAGAUUUGGCCAUAGGUAUUAACGUUAAAGGAAAAGCACGUAAUCAUUUGUUCUUUUCAAUACUUUGCGAUGGUUUUGUUGACCAUAACCUGAUUGAUGGACUCAACUACACAGAUGAAAUGGACUGUGAAUACUGGUCUUGUAGCAAUGUAUAUACACGGUGUAAUGACCGUGGGACAUGGAAUUGUCGCAAUGCAGCCGAUGAAGCUAACUGUCCUUCCAAUCCAUGCCGUCCAGAUCGUCAUCCUUGCAUAUCACUGAUUACCCACAAUUUUACUUGUUUACCUCUAUCACAAAUUAACGAUGGUCAUAUUGAUUGUUUAGGUGGCUAUGAUGAACUUCAUUCUUGUUCACUAAACCCUAGUUUACCAUCUGCUAAACAAUACCGUUGCUCCAAUGAAACUAAAUGCAUUAGUCAUAUGGAUGUGUGCAAUUCACAAAAAAGAAACUGUAUUUCAAGUGACAACGAAGAUCAGUGGUGUGCACAACUCUUAAAUUGGCCAGAUUGGUUCAAAAACUUUUCUCCUUCCACCCCAUCACACACUUUCGAUUUUAAUUUAUAUUUAUUACAGUUAAUAGAAAGUCCAAUCAAACAGCAUACAGUCUAUUUUACACUGAAAAAUCAUCGAAACUAUCCUCGUAUCGAUGUUAUCAGCAAUGAAGAUAAUUCCCUUGUGACAACAUCUGUCGACAGUGUUUCUUCUGAUGAAUUCAAUAUCGACUGGGAUCAAGAACCGAUCAAUUAUAAUAUAGAUGCACUUUGUAAUAGUGGGAUUCCAAUCUACAUUAAUGAUUUAAAAGAAUACUAUUGUCUGUGUCCACCAGCCUAUUUUGGAUAUCAAUGUGAAUACCAAAGUCAACGAGUGAGUCUUACAUUACAAUUUCUAACAGGUGAACGGCGAACAAUGUUCACUUUUGUUAUGAUGCUUAUUGAUGAAAAUGCAAAUAUACAUUCUUCGGAACAAAUUGACUACAUUUCAAUACGUAAUUGUCGAAAAAAAUAUAAUUUCUAUCUUCUCUAUUCAACACAACCUAAAAAUUUCAAUCAUACAUAUUAUGUACGCAUCGAUGUUUAUGAUCGAUUAAAAAUGAAAUAUUAUGUAAGCAUAUACUAUCCUAUUCAAUAUUCAUUCUUACCAGUACAUUCUCUUGCACUACGAGUAGAUAUUCCUAUACGAGAAGUUAUACCUAUACCAACUACUUGUCCAUUAAAAUGUUUGCAUGGACAAUGUAGAUAUUUUUUAAAUUCGGAUAAAUAUUUUUGUCAAUGUUUUGAUGGUUAUUCUGGAAUGUUAUGUACCAUUAAGAAUUCUUGUGAUUGUUCAUCAGAUUCGAUUUGUAUCGGAGUUGUUCAAAAUCGAUCGAUAUGUAUUUGUCCUCACGGUAAAUUUGGACCGCGUUGUUAUUUAAAAAAUACAGUGUGCAUUUCGAAUCCUUGUUUGAAUAAUGGUCGAUGCAUUGCUGGUGAUGAAAAGUUUACUGAAACUGAAUACUAUUGUCUUUGUCCAGAAGGUUUCAUGGGUGUUAUUUGUGAAGAAACACAGACUAAAAUCGAAUUUAUUUUUGAAAAGACAAUACCUAUUCCACAAUCAAUUCUUAUUCAUUUUUUUUAUGUGUCAUCAAGACCUCGUCAACCUGCAGAGUCUCAUCUUGCUGAUCCAAUACGAACAACUCUUAUAUCAAAAAUUAAAUCCUAUGAACAUUCAGCUUUUAUUUAUUAUGGAGGAAUAUUUCAUCUGAUAUUUGUCGAAUUCAAUGAACAUUAUUAUCUAGCUUUCCUUCAACAAAAUUCUACACCAACGAUGAAUAUUUCAAUAACAAUUAUUCCUGAUCAUCAUUGUCUAUCAAUCAAAGAAUUGUUUGAUGAACAUAUUCAAGCCUUGCCACGGUGGCAUCGAGCCAAAUAUUAUCAUCUUCCAUGUCAAAAACAUGCAAGUCUUGCCUGUUUCUAUGAUAACGAUUAUUUCAUGUGUCUAUGUGAUAUUGAUCGAAAUGCAAAUUGUUUCAAAUUUGACUAUAAACCAGUUUACAAUUAUUUAGGAUGGAAUUAUUGUGAAAAUGAUGGUCAAUACUAUCUCGAUAAUAAUACUUGUCCAACAUCAUCAUCAUGUUUUUGCAAAGAAUGCUAUUUUGGUAGUCGAUGUCAUUUGACAACGAAAGGAUUCGGUCUAUCACUGGAUGCUAUUCUUGGUUAUAGUAUUUGGCCUAAUUUUCCUUUCUCGCAACAACCGACCAUAGUGAAGCUGUCUACAGCUGGAACAACCUUGAUAUUUGUAAUUGCCAUUGUCAAUGAUAUAUUGUCUAUAGUCACUUUUCAAACAAAACGGUCGCUUGACCGAGGUUGUGGUGUUUAUCUACUUGCAUCAUCAAUUACCUCUUUUGUUACAAUGACAAUAUUUGCCGCAAAAUUUGUUGUACUUCUUCUUUCUCAUAUGUCAAUAAUUAGUAAUUAUUCUUUUCUCAAAUCGAGUUGUAUCUGUUUAGAUAUGCUCUUGAAAUCACUUUUGGCCAUCGGAGAUUGGCUAAAUGCUUGUGUGAGUAUUGAACGAGUAUUAACCAUUCGGCUCGGAAUCAAAUUCAAUAAAUUAAAGAGUAAACAAAUCGCUAAAAAAGUUAUCUUUGGAAUAUAUCUGUUAGUCUUUGCAAGUUUUAUUUAUGAUUCGGUUUAUCGGCGUUUACUUGAUGACACAGAAGAACAACGUAUAUGGUGUAUAGUUCGUUAUCCAUCAUCUGUACGAAUAUUUGCCACAUUUAAUAACAUUUUUCAUUUUCUUGUACCUCUUUCUAUCAAUGUCAUUUCAAUUGUAUCCAUAAUUAUCCUGAUAGCUCAACAAAAAUCGAAGAUUCGUAAACAACAGCCCUAUAAACAACAUUUAUGGGAACAAUUUCAUGAACACAAGCAUCGAUUAUUGAGCUCAUUUAUUCUAGUCAUCAUUGCUCUGCCUCGUCUAAUUAUUUCACUUAUUUCCAAUUGUUUGAAAUCUGCUCGCAAUUCUUGGCUAUUUGUCUGUGGUUAUUUUAUUUCAUUUAUUCCACCAUCACUUACAUUCAUAAUUUUUGUUCUCCCAUCUGAAUUCUAUCGAAAAGAGUUCAACGAAGCAACUACUCGUAUUAGAAACAUGAUUCAAACUCAAUUUCGACGCAAAUAA